AUGCCUCGUAUUAUUGGUGCUAUCUUGUUGGCAGCAGCAGCUACUGCUGGUGUAGUGAGUGCUGGCAAGCAUCACAACAACAUUCAAGAAUACAAGUUGAUCCCUGAUCCUGAAGGACAAUACCCACGACUUGGAGCGUGCCCCGAUCCCCAUGCUUGCAUUCUCCCGCCAGAUCUGUCCACUUUUCUCCCUGGCGCCUACUUUGAUUUACGUGUCGAGUUGCAUGCUUAUGAUAAGAAGAAUAAGAAUGCUACCCAAGUGACACCCUACACGCAUUUCAAGACGCAAGUACGCAAGGAUGGUGGCCCAUGGCAAGAUGCCUCUUCCUUUUUCCAUAUGGAUCAAGAACCUGGCUUAGAAAAUUGGAACUUUACGUGGGUGGAUUCCAUUGAUGCCCGCUUUGGAUCGGAUCCUGGUGUCGAUGUAGCUGUCUCAUCCCGCAUCUGGCGCAAACUCAAGUUUGAUUCCCCGGGUAUUUAUGAUGUCAGCGUCACCUAUGGCAAAAAGAAUGCCUAUACGGUACGCUACAACGUCCCUGAACCUAAAAAACCAAAGCGAAAGGCAAAGAAUGCUAUCUUGUUUAUUUCUGAUGGAACCAAUGUUGGGAUGAUCACCGCUGCCCGUACCAUGGCACGUAAACAUACCUCUGGAAAGUUCCACAACCUCCUUUCUUUUGAAGACUUUGAUCACCUCGGUCACGUCAUUACCAAUUCAGUGGAUGCCAUUGUUACCGAUUCAGCCAAUUCCGCAUCGGCUUAUGCCACAGGCCACAAGUCAUCUGCCAGUGCAUUGGGUGUCUAUGCUGAUUCCUCAGAGACACCUUUUGAUGAUCCCAAGGUUGAAUUGAUCACUGAAUUGAUUCGCCGUCGUCAACCAGGAAAAGCUAUCGGCAUUAUUACGACUGCAUCGGGUCAAGAUGCCACACCUUCCGCUUUUUAUACGCAUACACGUGAUCGUCAAAGAGCUGCAGAGAUUGUUGACCAGCUUGUCAAUGGCGUUGACAAUUGGACCGAGCCAGUCAUUCCGGAUGUAUGGCUUGGUGGCGGUGCUGAGUACUUUAUGGGAGAAAAGGCACUCAAUGGCAAAAACUACUAUGAUGAUCUCAAGAAGCUUGGUUACAAAACGGUGUGGAACAAAAAGGAGUUGCAAAAGUAUCAUGGCAACGAUAAGCUUCUUGGUGCAUUCCGUACCUCCAAUCUUGAUACGUGGUUGGAACGUAACAUGUUUGUGAACAACACCGUUGGUAAUGGUGCUGCACCCGAUUUGAGUGGCAAGGAUGCUUUGGGUACAGAGCAACCUGGUUUGGACGAUAUGACGCUAAAGUCACUUGAAGUACUCACCAAACGUGGUGGUGAUGAUGGUUUCUUCCUUAUGGUGGAGGCUGCAUCGGUCGAUAAGCAGUUGCACGCUCUUGAUUUCCCUCGUGCCUUGGCUGAUUUGAUUGAAAUGGAUGUCACUAUUGGUAAAACGGUUGAAUGGCUCAAGAAAAAUGAUGCCUUUGAAGAUACCUUGCUUGUAUUCACUGCUGACCAUGCUCACGGAUUCGAUGUCUAUGGCUCUGUCAAUCAGGAAUACGUUGGCAAUCAUCGCAAGGAUGCUGACAUGCGUAGUGCUGUGGGUCUUUAUGAAUACUCCGGUUGGCCAGGCUACAAGGAUGAAGAUGGUGAUGGUUUCCCCGACAACUUUCUUCCUGAGAUCGUUCUUGCUUCGGGUUCGAACAAUGGCCCUGAUCAUUUUGAAUCUUGGAAAAUCGCCCAUGAUAAACCUCGUGACCCUGCUGUGGAAGUGCAUGGUGUGUAUGUUGCCAACAAAAAGGAUCCUGCCGGCAACUAUGGAAAGGGCCUUAAAUGGCAUGGCAACAUCCCUGUUACGGAUCCAGUGGACACUCAUACAAUGACGGAUGUCUUUAUUUACUCAAAUGGUCCUGGAUCCGAAUGUUUCCGAAAGACACUCGAGAACUGGCAAGUGUUCUAUGGAUUGACCGAGGCAAUGGAUCUACAAGCUGAAGAUUAA